CUUUCUUUAAUACCGAUAAUCGACCGCUUCUAUUCUUCUCGAACGUGUCCACUGCCCUCGCCCCCCGUACAAAGAGGCCUGCCAUUGUACAUGUACAUACAUCCUACAGCUCCCUGUUGACUGCAAUACUGCAUGCUUUUCCAGUCGGUGUUCUAUAAUUCUCAUUGUGUUAUCUUAUCUCCUCACCGCCUCCCUGCGUGUCAGUCGGCGUGCGUGUGGCUUGCAUCCCUUCUUUAAACCAAAGCCGCCGUUUGCCUGGACGCCGACGCCCGCUGAUCUCACCAUCAUUCAAUCCCGCCACACCAACUCUUCCUCAUCUCCUUCUCACUCUUUCGUACCCUCCUUCUCUUGGUCACUGUGAUGUCUCUCAGGCUGGUCGUCGCCAUGCCUUGAAGGUCGACUCGCGCUCAGGACUGAUCUCGCGUCAAUCGACCAUGGAUUUUAUUCUCUCUCUGACGCAUUUCUGCGAAGUGCAUGGCCCAACUUCAAUUCUCUGUUCGCAAGUGCUACCAUUUUCCUGCUCACAAUGCCACCCGGACGAGUCCGAUAUCUCGCCAUCCGAGACCCCCUCCACCUCUCAUGACACAGCUUCGACCUCAUCACGCCGAGGCACACGCCGAUUCUCCUCGUCGCCCGCAAACUUGACCCUGUCAACCUCCUUGACGGGCAGCAUCAAAUCGAAUGCAACCCAUUCCCCACAGAAUUUGGAGGACCUCCCCUAUUUCCUCAAACCCCAGCAGCCACAAACCCAGACCGAUCCUGCGGAGCGCCUCAAUCGCCUCGGUGAAACCAAUGGCGAGACUUGUGCCAGCUGUAGCAUCUCUCUGCCGGAGGAUGUGAGCAAGAAGCUGCCAGCCAGCCCGUCCAGCACCAAAGGCGACGGCAAGGCCAAAAACAACAAUAGCCCCGUCCUGCGCUCGCGGGAGGUAGUUUACUCCUGCGGCGGCGCCCACUCAGAGUCCGAGGAAGAAGCGCACGAUCCUCACCUCCAUGCCUCAUUGCCUGAUUCAUUGCAUUCUUUAUCGGUCUCGUCCGAUGUCUCGUGUCACACCCAUAUCUUGACCUAUCUAUCGUUACACGACCCUCCGAAACCGGCUGACUACGCCCUGCUCCGCCAGUCCUCAAUCCGAACCCUUAGUUGCGAGCUGCUUCCGCGCGGUCUCUCAUCCGGCCGCCUCUGCUUUGGUGACUCCGUUGCUGGGUACACCAUUGCAUACGUCUUUCGACUCCCAGAUCCAAUGGCACGUGGAAAGCGACGCAGCUAUGCGCUCGUGGCGCUUGCUGGGAAGGACGCCACUCGUGCUUUCCGCGCUUCUCCUAUCAUCUGGCGCAUUUUCCAGCGCAUUGCGACUGGCAUUGUUACCGCCGCGGAGAAACAUCAGGAAGAAGAGAAGAAGCGGGAGGAACAGGCCCUGCACUCAUCAAACAGUAUCGGCGGUCGUGAUUUCACCCCGAUCUCGUCCUUUCUCACCGGCCGCGCGUAUGACCCGAAUGGGAACCCUCGCCGCGCUGGCCAAAUUCGCGCCCGUAAUUUGGCCGAAAUCGUUGGCAAUGAUUACAUCUUUGCCGAACUACAUGCCCAAUUUGUAACGCUUCUCCAGCAGCUCGGCAACAUGUUUGGAGGAGUCCCGAUUUCUGAUGAGCGAUUCAUCUGCAGCACUGUCGCGCCAGAAGAAACGGUUCCAAGCGAAUCGCGACGUAGCAGUGUCGCUACAGCGUCGACCACCAGCAAGGCCGAUUCGAAGCAGCCGCCUCGCCAUAGACGAGAGCCGAGCGAUCUAGGGUUGUCGUCUUUGAACAUGUCCUCACGACCUCAACCUAUACCCAUUUCGUCGCGCCGUCCGAUUGCCACCUAGAAUUCUCAUUCGGGCGACAUUCGAGUUCUACUAAUGAUAGUAUUGCACAUAAUGUCGUGGAGUUUAGUCUUAGACUGGGAUGGGAUUUUGUUUUAGCAUUUCAGCAUGGAUAGGAGUCUGAUUGUAUAUCCAGGGGUAUCAGUCAUUAUUCAUGACGGCGUUCGAUUGUAUUGCGUUAGUUUUGUAGAAUAGAGCAUCAGUUUACUUUUACAUUAUUAGCUACAUCUUUGAUUUUUAAUCAUUAAGAAUUAUAGUAAAUGGAAGAAUAAAUAAUAC